AUGUUCAUCAAGUCGGUGAUGCCAUCCAACCAUCCUCUGUCAUCCCCUUCUCCUGCCUUCAAUCUUUCCCAGCAUCAGGGUCUUUUCCAAGGAGUCAAUUCUUCACAUCAAGUGGCCAAAGUAUUGGAGUUGCGGCCUCAGCAUCUAGUCUUUCCAAUGAAUAUUCAAGGUUUAUUUCCUUCAGGAUGGACUGGUUUGACCUCCCUGAAGUCCAAGGGACUCUCAAGAGUCAUCUCCAACACCACAGUUCAAAAGCAUCAAUUCUCCGACACUCAGUUUUCUUUGUGGUCUGAAUCUUACAUCCAUACGUGA